CCUCAGAACUUCUUUACGUUUUGUCAGCUCUACAAGCAAAAUUUUCUUUCCAAACGCUCGUCAUGAUAGUUACGGAAACAAGUUACUGGUCUAGUGUGAUUAAUGUAAUAUUGCAUUCGUAUUUUUCGAAUUUAACUACUACAUGUGUAUUGAGACAUAAGGAAUAUGACUUGCUUUGGACAUUAGCAGCGAUAAAUUCUAAUGUUUACUUGCAAAUAAAUCCUUGGACCCUGAAUGAAUCCUUUUCGAAGGAUAUACACAAUUUUGAUGAACAAGAUAAGCAAUACACUGAUGAUGGUAUUUAUUAUGAUGACUGGGUAAAAAAAUAUGUGGCUGCCAUAACACAGGCCAAUUGUGAGGGAUUCCUGGUUUUUCAAGACGAUAUCCCGAGAUUUGCACAGACUUACCGUAUGGCCAGUGUCUACUCGAUUUGGCGUUCAUAUGAAGCAAAAUUUUUAUUUGUCUAUACGAAUGAGACACAGUGUGAAGAUUUUUUCCAGGAUUUAUUUUUUAAAAAUAAUGCAAACAUUUUAAUCAUUGAAGCGGAAUAUAAAAAUUCUACUAAAUUCAAUAUUAAAACGAAUAAAUUUGUUGGCUCGUUUUUUGAAAAUCCUCAUGAAUUACUGCAAAUUAGUCAAUAUGAUGCGCUAAACGAAACAUUUGAGCCAAAUGUCGAUUUAUUUUCACGUCACAAGCUACAAAACUUGCAGGGACGUGAAAUUAUUGUCGGUGCUUUCGAUUAUCGUCCAUUUGUGGUGGUAGAUUUUCAACGUUUACCCCAGUACCAUGAUUAUGCUGAGGAUAAUCCCCGACAUUUGGUCCAUAUUGAUGGUACGGAAAUGCGUGUUGUUCACACCUUUUGCGAAAUCUAUAAUUGUAGUGUGCAGGCGGAUACUUCCGAGAAAUCCGAAUGGGGAAUGCUAUACCCCAACUACACUGCCGAUGGUUUAAUUGGUAUGAUUGUUGAAGGCAAAACUCACAUGGGUUUGGGAGCAUUUUUUGUAUGGUAUAUAGCCUACAGAAGCAUAGAUCAAACAUCAUUUUUGGGUAGAUCAGGUGUAACAUGCCUUGUUCCAGCACCAACCCGCAUGAGCACAUGGGCGUUACCUAUCACCCCAUUUAAAUAUACCCUUUGGUUGGCUGUGAUAUUGUGUUUAUUUGCGGAAGCUUUGGCAUUAUUUUUGGCAAGACUAUUUGAAGAGCAUCUAAUCGAAGAACAAGAGAAUCUCGACAUAAUGUCAAGCGUGGAAUUUGCCUAUUCGACCACGUUGAAACUGUUUAUAUCCCAAGGAUCAGAUUAUGUGGUUAAUUCACAUACUGUUAGAACAGUUUUGUUUGCCUGCUAUGUGAUCGAUAUUAUUGUGACCAGUGUUUAUGGGGGUGGUUUAUCGUCCAUCUUGACAUUACCAGAUCUCUCUGAAGCGGCCGAUUCAGUUGAACGUUUGUACAGCCAUAAUCUGACAUGGACUGCCACAUCCUAUGAUUGGGUUGCCUUACUGGAAGACGAGAUUGAACCUCUGUAUCAGCGUCUAGUGACAAACUACCGUAUCAGCAGCAGAGAAGAAAUGCGGUCAAGGGCAAAAACAGAAAACAUGGGCUUUGCCUUGGAACGCAUGGCUUAUGGUCAUUUUGGCAAUGGCCAUUUUAUUACAUCCGAAGCCUUGGAUCGUCUGAAACUAAUGGUUGAUGAUAUCUAUUUUGUCUUCACUGUGGCCAUGGUGCCGCGCAUGUGGGCUCACUUAACAAAAUAUAAUGAUUUAAUAUUGGCCUGGCAUUCGUCGGGACUCUCGAAAUACUGGGAAUGGAAAAUCGUUGCCGAUUACAUGAAUGCCAAUGAACAGAACCAAGUACAGGCGUCGAUAUAUACUCAAAUUGAUACCGGUCCCGUAAAGUUGGAUAUGAGCAAUUUUGUGGGACUAAUUGCACCAUGGAUUGUGGGCAUCAUUUUAAGCAUUGUGGUGUUUAUAGGGGAAUUGAUUUACUAUCGUUGGCGCCAAGGGAAGGAAAAUAGGCAAAUAAUACCAGAUGAAUAAUGUAAUAUUAGAAAAUUUUAUUACAACUAGCUACAUUUUCAUUAGCAUACGAAAAUAACUCCGAUUUAUUUUUUGAAAUUAUCUUACAGUAAAAUUUUUAAGAUUAACACAAACUAUAAAUUGCUAUCACAGAUUAACCAACACAAAAGAUAAUACUGUUCUGUCAAUUUUGACAGAAUGGAUUGAAGUAGAUUGAACAAUAUAGGAAGCACGGUGA